GCGACGGAGCUACGCUGCGCAGGACAACUUUCACAUGCACACGGUAGUCCUCCGCAACAUCCCUGCCAACGCUUCUUUGAUAUACUUGGACCCUUUUCACCAGAAUUCGACAGCUUCUUGGAGGCCUCGCGCCUCAAUCACUUCAAUAUGGAAGCAGCAUCCGCCCGCUACGCCGCCCGCGACCGAUUCGCAUAUCCUGCCGAACCAGCUGCCACUCCUCUGCAAAGAUACAUUCAGCAAGCAUGUUCGCCCGAGAACUUCGAGCCCAAUCUCGCAUUAUGUCUGGAGGUCGCCGACUUGAUCAAUGCCAAGAAGGCCGGCGCGCCCCGAGAGGCAGCAAUGGCCAUAGUCCAGUACAUCAACCACCGCAAUCCCAACGUCUCAUUACUGGCAUUGAGCUUGCUUGAUAUAUGUGUGAAGAACUGUGGUUACCCAUUUCAUCUCCAAAUUUCCACCAAGGAAUUCCUCAAUGAGCUGGUACGGCGCUUCCCAGAGCGACCGCCAAUACGAACUACAAGAGUACAGAACAGGAUACUGGAGCUGAUUGAAGAAUGGCGGAGGACAAUAUGCGAGACCUCAAAAUACAAGGAGGAUCUUGGAUUCAUUCGGGAUAUGCACAGGCUGCUGCAUUACAAGGGUUACCAAUUCCCACAGAUCAGUCGCGAGGAUGCCGCUGUGCUCAACCCAAGCGAUAACCUGAAGAGUGCUGAUGAGAUGGAGGCGGAAGAGCGCGCGGCGCAGAGUGCGAAGCUUCAAGAGCUUAUUCGCAGAGGUACGCCGCAUGAUUUGCAGGAAGCGAACAAGCUGAUGAAAGUCAUGGCUGGCUAUGACACGAGACACAAGACCGACUACCGAGCCAAGGCUGCCGAGGAGGUAGGCAAGAUCCAGCAGAAAGCGAAGCUGUUGGAGGAGAUGAUGAGCGAGUACAAGCCUGGCGACAAGAUCAAGGAUGGUGACGUGUUUGAAGAGCUUGCCGCUGCAUUGGCCAGCGCGCAUCCCAAAAUCCAGAAGAUGUGCGAGGAGGAGAGUGAGGAUCACGAGGCUGUCGCGAAGCUGUUUGAGAUUAACGACAGCAUACACAGAACUAUUGAACGAUACAAGCUGAUGAAAAAGGGUGACAUCGAGGGUGCAAAUGCGAUACCAAAAGGCACUCUAGGCGUCAGUGGAGCUGGCGUCAAGCAAGGCGCAAACAAUGAGCUUUCCUUGAUCGACUUUGGAGGACCAGAAGAGGGCGCAGACGCUCCAUACUCCAAUGCGUUUGCUCCAGGAUCACAAUCUGCCUCGAAGCCAGCAACCCAAAUCCCGUUGUCAUUACAGCAAGCCACCCAAGCAAAGAAGUCAGAUCCAUUUGCUGCUUUGAACACGCCGCCACGACAAGGCUCACCAGCGUCUUUCCAGCAAGCACCACCAAGAUCGCCAGCGCCUCCAGCAACUGGCGCGCCUGUCGAUCUUCUCGGCAUGGGCAAUGGUACAUCAGCGACCGCCCCUGCACCCGCGACCGGAGGUGACGACGAGUGGGAAUUCAGCUCUGCGCUACCUGAUGGACCAACAAGCAUUACUGUGACCAACAGCGGGAUACACACGAUCUUUGAUGUGUCAAGAGCCAAUGACUCGGAAUUGCUGAUCAAGAGCCGGAUAUCAAAUGCCUCUCACCAGCCCGUCUCGGACCUGACGUUUCAACUGGCAGUGACGAAGGGGUAUACUCUCAAGCUUGAACCGCAGUCCGGACGAAGUCUUGGUCCCAAGCAACAAAAUGGUGUGACGCAGACGAUACAUCUGCAAGGUGUAGAAAGAGGCAAGGGUACGACCGUUAAGAUGCGAUGGCGGGCCAGCUAUAGCGUUGGAGGCACACAGCAGAACGAGCAAGGCGAAAUAAAUGGCCUGGGUGUGCCCUGAUGCAGGAGCAGGUGUUUUCUUUGCAGCACUUUAGCGGAUAGACAUCAGCACGUUUGCAAAAUAGCAAGACUGAUAUCGC